CAUGGACGCGCUGCUGUCGUUAUCAUAGCCUCUCGGAGACCAGGAGCGUAAAGUUAUUCUUGUUUCUUUCCCCUUUUUUGUAUUAUUUUGUUUCUUGUCAAACCGCAUGAGUUCACCGCUAUAUUUGGGUCAGCUGGUCGGGGUUCCCUUAGAGAUAAUGCACCCCACCAUGGAGAAAGACACAACUUACACCAAGAUCUUUGUCGGCGGGUUGCCUUAUCACACCAACGACGCUUCACUUCGGAAAUAUUUCGAGAGUUUCGGUGACAUCGACGAGGCGGUGGUGAUCACCGACAAACAGACGGGCAAGUCCAGAGGAUACGGCUUUGUGACCAUGGUGGACAGGGGGGCAGCAGAGCGGGCGUGCAAAGACGCAAACCCCAUCAUCGACGGCAGGAAGGCCAACGUGAACCUGGCGUACUUGGGAGCAAAGCCUCGCAGCUCACAGACAAGUCUCUCUGUUGGAGUUCAGCAAGUCCAUCCUACAUGGGCUCAGAGGCAAUAUGGGCUCGCCCAGCAGUACGUCUACCCUCAAGCGUUCCUCCAGCCCAGCCUGAUGCUGCAGUCUCAACUCAGCCCCACAGCGGCUGCCCUUGCCUCCCCUUACCUGGACUACAGCUCCGCCUACAGCCACUACGCCCACACAGGACUGGAGCAGUACCCCUACACCCCUUCCCCGUCGCCCUCUGCUGGAUAUCUCAGCUAUAGCUUCUCCCCUGGCACGCCGGCACCCGCUCUCAACCCCUCUCCGACCCCUCCGGCUGGCCUCCAUCCUCCUCCUCCUCUGGCUGCACUCACCACAGUGUCUGCCACCCCUCAGGCUUUCCUCCACUACCCGCUGCACCAGCCCGACCGCAUGCAGUGAGCAGCUCUGAGCGGAGCUGGAGCUGCCGGACUGAUGAGUCGAAACUGUUGGGCUGCGACCUGUGCCAUCAUCAGGAUGAGACUGGACAAGCAGGAGGAGAGUGUGAUGUAAUCAAAAGGGCUUUCAGAAAGCACUUUCACUCCUGUCUUUUUUAUAUUAUUGUUGUAAUAGUUAAUAAAAAUGUUCUCUUGCUAUUGUCAUCAGCCUACGAUCUGAAUGUUUUUCAUAAGUGGCAAACGUCAGGAACUGGAACGAGACAACACGGUAAUCUUCUGGACGUUUCUCUCUUACCCCUGACCCUCAGCGUUGGCUGCUGGAGAGUGAACGGGUAAAGACAAUGAGAAAUAUGUCUGUUUGACACAAUGCUGUGGCUGCAGUUUCUCCAAAGGUACUGGGCUGAACGCUGGAUAUUGGCCAAGCUGAGAGCCAGUUCCUCUUUCAGAAAUGCAGGUCCAAUUACCUCCUCUUCAAGGUUACCUUUAUGUCUAUGGCCUUAGAGAUCUCUCUCUCUCUCUCUCUCUGUACAUGGUUCAGUUAGUGUUUGUCAUUUUUAUUAGUGUCUCAUCUCAAAUGAACAAAAUGUUUAUUUUACUGCCUUUUGUUCCUUUUUGUCCACCGCUGGCAGGUUAUUACACCGUGAUAAUCACAGUUUAACAGAAUAUGCAAUUACGAGGAUGAGCAUGAAUAAGGUAGACAACACUGGUAUAUUGUUUUUUAUAUUGCUACUGCUACGUCAUUACUCAGAGAAGGACCUUGUUAACACUUAAAACAAAAAAUUCAUCAUGAGAUUCCUGCAGUAGCUUUCAGGCUAUUUCUGACCCACAACUUUUGGAGCAACAGA